UUUCGGACGUGUGGGCGUGGCCUUGAGACUAGAGCGAAAAACAAGCUCCCGCCACACGACAUACAUCCGCUACCCGCCGCACAGACAGGAGGGGACUACUACGCGUCUCACCUGCUUGGAAACGAGUGCGUGCAAAUUGUCAAAAUACCACCGAUCAGAACGGAAAACGCUUUUGCUGGCGGGAGUUUACCGCUGAGGCGUCGGAUGGAUGAUGAGGAGGAGGACAUGUCACGGCCCAUCUCACAGCUCUGGGGAACGCCCUUCAGGGACGGCAAAUACGAAGACCCGGCCACGCAGCUCCAAUCUCGACGGGCCCGCUCUGCCGUCAGCGUCGCCGCGCCCACGCCACAGAGCCUCAACAACAACAGCAUCAACGCGCUGGCCUGCAGCUUGCAGCGGCAGCCUCGCGUUCCCUUUCACGGACUGCGAUCCCAUUUCCCCUCUCCGUUCGAGCCUCUGGAGGACCGAGGAGAGAGGCGAGCUGAAGAGGAGGAGAGGAGGAGACAGGAGGAGGAUGACAGGAUGGGGGGGAGGCCCGGGGAGCAGGCGGGGGUGAGCGUGGAGACGCAAAUCGGCCAAAAACUAAGGGAGAUCGGAGACAAGUUCCAGCAGGACCACAUAGAACUGUUCCUGAGGCACCAGAGACAAAACCUGCCCGCCUGGAUGCGCCUCACCAUGGCCCUGUUUGGCUUCCUGUUCCCCAGGCAGCCUCCCAUCCCUCGCCUGAGAGGAGAGGAGAGAUGAAGGGCUCGGUCCCGCCUUCAGCCUCCGUUUACUCCCCCUCCCGCCCCCCGCCCCCCCUCGCUUGUCACGGGACCAGACUUUCAGAGAUGGCACUGUAAGAUGGAACACGGGUUUGGAUUUUGUGUUUAAAUCGACUAUGAAGAAGAGAUAAAGAAAACUCUGGUCACCGCUGGACGGAGACUGAUGGCAUUUUUUUUAUUUGCCCCUCUCCCCCCCCUUUAUUUUUUAAUCCCCCCUCCCCGUUCAAGAAGAAGCCAUUGAGUUUGAAGAGAUAUUUUGGAAAUACUUGUAAGAUGACCUAUUUUGUACAGCUCUUUUUAUUUCAAGGGAAGGAACUGUCGUCAUCGUGCGGGGGAUGCCUUAUUCUUCUCCCCCGCCGCCGCAGGGAGGAAGUCAGUCGUGGACGAACGCCUAAAAGGACUCGAACCACAACAUUCCUCCAAACUCCAAACAAUAAGCCCCGAACUUUACCUUUGCCUGCUUCACACCGGCGCAUUUGAUCAUCCAUCCGCCCCCCCCCCCCGCCUAUGACGGGCGCAUACUUGAAUUUACGCUGGCGUUCGCCGCCGUCGGCCAUUUUGAAAUCAAACGAGCACAAACAAGUGGGGAGGUGUGACCGAUCGAGCCUGCUGCUCAGAAGGUUUCGUUGUGAAGCUUCUCGGGACAAUCUUUGAGCAAAAGCGUUAUUGACGUCCCGAUGCCACCGUUUGGGUUCCGCUUCCACCGAGGCUCAGCUCCGCAAGCGUGGCGUUCCGAGCGGCUUUUGGACAACGCGCACGCCGUGAUUGUUGAUUUUAAAAGCGGGGGUGUCCGAGGUACGGCCUCUGGGCUGUUGGCAGCCGGCAGCUCGUUUUUUUAUCGUUAGAAAUAAAAUAGAACCAAAACCCCCCCAAAAAAUAAGGCAAAAAGGCAAACCACAGACGAAAAGCUGAAAUGUUGAUAUGAAUCAUUAGUCAUUAAAAAACAGAUUUGUCUGAAAGAUAAUAUAUGAAGGGCUUUUUAGCCUUUUUACAAAAUGUAAAGAUAAUUAAUUUAAAGAAAAUAAAGUUUUGAGGCCUCCUUUGGACACCCCUGCCUUAAAGGGAAAGCACACUUGUUUUGGAAUGUUGCUCAUCAUCCGCAACCCUUACGUCUUUCUCUUUUCUGUGCGUUCUAAAGAUAUAAAAACAGCUAAAACGAGGUGGCUAAUUAACGCACGCCUAGGAAGCCCGCUAUUAACACCUCCAACAAGGUGUUAUGGUUUUCUACCCACGCUGUAAGCAUGCAGUAACAGGUACAUUCAUGAUAGCACGUCAUACUUACAAUAUUUGGCCCUAUUUUUGUCAUUGUAAGCAUUAGCGGAACUUCCUUCCUGGACACAUUGAUUUCACGCAGCAACAUAGAAAGGAACACACAGCAGCAGUGGCGGCAGCUCCGAUAUGUAGCGUUACCUUUGGCUAGUGGUGGUGAAGCUAGUCGCUAGCCGGCUAGUGGCUAGCCACUGUGGUGUGACGAGGUGUCACUACGCCAGUAACGUAUUUCUUGGGCGUAACAAUGUUAGUAACGCUAAUAAUAAUAACAAUGUGGUUCACAUGCAGCUCACAUGAUGGAAAUGGAGCGUUGCUGCCGCUUUUUGGAGGUUUUUUCAGAAGGCUUUCUAGGUGAGCCGUUCGUAGCUGCCUCGUUUCAUGUUUCCAUAUGUCUCAUAAGGUUGUGGCUGAUGGGCAAGUCCAAAAGAUGUGCACGUUUCCGUUAAAGCAAUGGAGUUGCACUGGAGUGCAGUACUUGCCGCAUCCAGCAGUGGCGCUGUUGAGCUAUGCCAAGUUGCGUGUCACCUGUGCAAACUCGUUAUUAUUUGCCACUUAAAGUAAUAUUUAAAAAAACAACCAUCAAUCAAUCAAUCAUGGACAUUUCAUCAAAUGCCGCCAUUUUGGUGUCACGGCUACGGUAAUCAUCGAACGCGGCCGCUGUUUGUUUUGACUCCACACAUAAAGUUGGAUGUAUUCUGGACUUUUGAAGACACUGAUGGGUUUUAUUUGGAUUUUGUUGUUGUUUUUUUUGUCCUUUUGCGGGAGUAGUCGACAAGCUGAUGCUUUUUUGUUGUUGUUGGGGCUGGAGUGAGACCUCCAUGCAGGACGCCAUCGAUGGGAAUUUGACACGGUUUGUUUCCUGCAAACACUGAACGCUGAGCCAAUUCGGACCUCUCGCUCUUUUCUUAGCCGAGCGUCACGUCGGGUUACUCCCCAAUGGUUUUCUUAAUUUAUUUACUUAUUUAUUUGGUGUAUAUUUGCUACUGUAUAGACGCUAGCUCGUGUGUGUUCUCCUCGUUGUUGCAUUCAGCCGUGAGGGCGUGGCCCGGGUGGCGACGUCGGUCUAAAAAGCCAUGUGCCUCGUGCGUUCUCACGAGACAACGGACAAUCAGAUGUAUCAGAUGUGCCUUGUGAGACGUGCUCCUUUCCGAUCGUCAUCACCGGCGGUGCAACGCCGCUCAAAUGAUUCUCACGAGGCACACGCAUCUUCAGCGGGAGGAGGCGGCUUUCUUUUCUAUCAGACUGUUUGCAAUCCACAUGCACUGUACAAACGCUCGUUUGAGCUCUUUCCACUCCUGUGCUGAACACGAGCCCCCCCAUGAAUGACCCGCGACCCGGCAGGGCUGAAGGAGGAAUGAGUCACCGCGGUGCCCAGUAUUAUCAAACGUACGCUUCUUCUUUGGUUCAACCUUCAGUGUCUUUCACAUGAGAUUUGUACACUCGUGGAGGGGGGGUGCAUCUUAACUGUCAAGUGCUGUGACCAGUCGGUGUUUUUUGAUACAUUUAAUAUGAAUUUGACAGCCAGGCAAUUUGUAUUGAACAUUUUUCAAUUUUUCUAAGACAAACAAACUUUUUUGGCUUUUUUUCUAUAAUCAAUGUUGUGGCAUUUUUUUAUUUUCGUUUCCUGCUAAGUCUGCUGUGACACUCAGUAAGUUCAAGGGCUUUUUUUCAAUCUGUGUACAAAAAACUGCAUGUCAGACAUUCCUGAUUCUAAGAGAGGCUGUUUCUUUUGAAUGUAACUUCACGGGCGGAAACACAAAGUCAACGGGUGGAGCGUCUUUUGGAUUUUGGGGGGUUUUGUUUCCGGGGUUUGUGCGCGGCGCGGCGUGAGUCUUCACUUUGCUUUCUUCAGAGUGGUCUCAAGGAUUUCACACUCACGUUAGUCCGAUGAAGCGAGACCCAGUCCAGAUGUAGCAGUUUGUUUUCUUCAAGCAUCGACCGACAGUGUCGUCUUUGGGGCUGCUCUGCGCACCCCCCAAACAAACAAACAGACAAAGAUGGCGCACCACGCAGAGAAGGCGGGAGCUUCUUCUUUCUUUCUUUUUUUUCUAGUGCAAUAUGCUGUACAUAAGAGCUUGGCUCUGCAAAAUCUUACAAUCUCUUUGUUUCUUUUUGAUGUUCAAUGGGUACUUUUUUUUCAUUAAAACUUUAUUGUCAACUGAAGAAAAAAA